AUGGGGAAUAUACUGGUGAGUUACUCCGAAAGUUGGAGCAUAUGUGUCUUUUCUCAAACAGUUUUAUGGUGUUGUUUUGUAUUAUAUUUGAUAUUCAAAUUUGUGAUAUUCAAGCCUUGGAGUUCGGCUACUUACCAAAGAAGAGCUCUAGAAAGAGUUUCUAAAAAAAGAACCGAUGAGUUUCAUCAAUGGAAAGAGCUUGUUGAGACAGAUGAUGAGGAUAUCAUUGCUCAGAGAAAAAAAAUUGUUAGCUUAUCUCUUUUCGAGCUCAGAGAGAAACUUCAAAAAGAAGAGCUGACUGCUAGUGAAACAUUAACAGCUUAUAUUUGGAAAAUGUUACAAGUACAAGAAAGAAUCAAUUGCUGCACCGUGAUCAUCAAAGAAGCUGUUGAACUUGCAAAGAGUCUCGAUGAGAAGUGGGCAGGAAGAUCUGAUAAACCAACUUUGUUUGGUAUUCCUUUCAGUGUUAAGGAUAACUUUUAUAUGGAUGGUUAUGACUGUGCUGUUGGGUUAGCGAAGUUUGUGGAGCAACCAAAGUCAACUGAUUGUUCAUUCGUAGUACAUUUGACUAACUUGGGGGGCGUUCCUUUUGUUAGGACUAAUGUUCCACAAGCUCUGUUGUCAUUCGUUUGUUCCAAUUCAGUUUAUGGUACAACUCUCAACCCUCACGAUGUCACAAGAACACCUGGUGGAUCGUCAGGGGGAGAAGCAGCACUUCUGGCUGCUGGGGGAACACCUUUCGCAAUUGGAAGUGAUUUAGCUGGAAGUUUACGUAUUCCUGCAGUAAUGUGUGGAAUAACAACAUUGAAACCCACACAAGAUCGUUUUGUUGUGACAGGAAGUCAUGGAGGUGUUCCGGGGCGUUCUCGAUUGGGAUUAAGUUUCGGAUUUUUCUCAAAAUCUGUUGAAGAACAGAUAUUUCUUCUUAAAACUACUCUGGGAACAUCUGAGUAUAGAGAAGUAACUCCUCUUUCCGUAUAUUCUCCUCUUAUUGAUUCGAAACUAGAAGCUCAAAGACCUCUCAGAAUAGGUUACUUCGAUUUCGAUGGUUUUAGUCUUCCUGUUCCAUCAAUGAGGAGAGCAGUUAUUGACACUGUCGAGAAAUUGAAAGCAAGUGGUCAUACGAUGGUCAGAUUCACAGUUCCUGAUGUGGACGUCAUGGCAAAUCUAUUAUAUAAAGAAGUUAUGCCUGAUGGUGGUGCUUACGCACGUUCCCUGUUUGAGAAUGACAUUGUCGAUCCAUACAUGAAACAGUUUGCGACUUUGCUCAAAAUUCCUCGUUGUCUUCGUUGGGUCUCUUGCAUCAUUUCUCGAAUAAGCCCUCAGCUAGCUUUGAUUGCUCAGUCAUAUGUCGGUGGCUUAGAAGACUUGAGAAUUACCAAUGAGCAGGUUGAUGAAUACCGUUUGAAGUUUGUCGAUUAUUGGAAAAGUUCGGGUGUAGAUGCACUGAUUUGCCCAGGAUUUCUUACUCCUGCUGUCCCACAUAACUAUCCAUCUCGCAUGGCUCUUGCUGCGGUUUCAACAGGAAUUUUCAACUUGAUUGAUUUUCCAGCCGGUGUGGUACCAACCGGGGCAGUUACAUCAGAAGAUGAUGAUGCUCUGAUGAAUGAAAAGGAGUUCCCCGUCGGUUACAAUUUCGCUCAACGAAUUGUUCGUGAAGCUUGUACGAAAACGGUUGGGCUCCCUAUUGGAGUUCAAGUUGUUACUCUACCGUUUGAAGAGGAGCUUUGUCUACGCUUGAUGGGUGAAGUGGAGAAGCUAUGGGCAAACUAA